AUGUCUCAAGAUAAUCACCGUACACGAGCCGUUUUCGCCGUCCAAGCAUUGACGAAUCAACCUAUUUACCAUGCUAUUGAAAAUAAAUCACUCAUGAUUCGAACUCGAAAAGAGCCGCACCUCUACCUUAGUCUUUGCUACGGAGAGUUGAAAUUAUUACCCAAACCUGGUUCUGGUAGCUUCUGGGACUGUGUCAGGACGAGCGGCUGGUAUGGCUUCCGCAACACUGUCUCCGGCACGUACCUUCAUAUUAACGGCACCGCGAACACAAUUUGCGCGGAACAACGGCAACGUUUGGGCAGCAACUAUUUUACGGCAGAGAUGGACGUAAAUGGUGGUUGCAUUCUAAAUGUAUAUAAAGCACCUUCUCAUGAGCUACUGCGAGUGUCUGUCUCGGAAGACAGGAAAUCAUUGUCCACAUUGGAGCCAGCGGGGGAGCCCUGGGAUUUUAUCGAAAUCAAGUACGUUUAA